AUGCUUUCCUUCAGUAGAUUCAAAAUUGUCCUUAAACAUUCCAUCGAUUCUACUGUGGCUGAUCGGGGACCAGCAGCCGAUUAUCGUCAAGAAAUGGCCAUCUACUAUGUGGUAUUUUUCAUCGUGUUCCCGUUCUUCUUUGUGAACAUUUUCGUCGCUUUGAUUAUCAUCACAUUUCAAAAACAGGGUGAAAAUGAACUGAUCGAAUUGGAAAUCGAUAAGAAUCAGAAACGAUGUAUCGAUUUCGCAAUCAACGCGCGGCCCUUGUGUCGGUACAUGCCAAAAGAUCGCCAAUCAUUAAAGUAUCGUAUAUGGCGAUUGGUUGUGUCCACUCCUUUCGAAUAUUACAUCAUGGUAAUGAUUGCCAUAAACACGCUAAUUUUAAUGAUGAAGUACCAUCGCCAGGAACAAAAGUCUUUCAUGGCCGUGGCGCUGGACACAGAUCAACAGGCGUAUCACAACUAUUGCAACACAUUGCUCUACUUCAAUUCGGCAUUCACAGUGAUGUUUUCUAUCGAAUGUGUGCUCAAAAUUAUGGCUUUUGGACCAAAAAAUUAUUUCCGUGACAGAUGGAAUAUUUUUGACUUCAUCACGGUGAUUGGCAGCAUAACGGACGUAUUAGUUUCCGAACUGCAGGAGUCAGCCUUCCUCAGUUUGGGAUUUCUCCGUCUGUUUCGUGCCGCACGCCUCAUUAAAUUGCUUCGUCAAGGGUACAGCAUCCGGAUUAUUUUCUGGACUUUUGUGCAGUCAAUUAAAGCGUUGCCUUAUGUCUGUCUGUUGAUCGCUAUGCUGUUCUUCAUCUACUGCAUUAUCGGUAUGCAGGUUUUCGGAAACAUUCGUACUGAUCCACAUUCACAAUUAAAUAAUCACAACAAUUUCAAGUCGUUCAGUGAGGGACUACUACUUCUGUUUCGCCAUAUUUUCUCUUCACCCACGCCCCACAGCUGUGCAACCGGGGAGAAUUGGCAAGAAAUCAUGCUCGAUUGUACCGCGGGGAAAGAGUGUGAGAGUGCCGGGGACACGUGCGGUAGCACAUUCACCUAUCCGUACUUUGUCACGUUCAAUUUUCUAUGCUCCUUCUUAAUGCUCAAUCUGUUCGUGGCGGUUAUCAUGGACAAUUUUGAUUAUUUGACACGUGAUUCGUCCAUUUUGGGACCGCAUCAUCUGGACGAGUUUGUCCGCGUUUGGGCAGAGUAUGAUCCAGAAGCAAAGGGACUGAUUCACCACAAGGAUAUGUACGAGAUGUUGCGCAAUAUGGAACCACCAGUUGGAUUUGGCAAAAAUUGUCCAUGUCGUUUGGCGUAUCGAGUAAGUGCUAAGUGA